GCCUCUGUUCGCGACAUUUGCACCAGGCCCAAUGCCCGUCAUGGCCCACCCCGGUCUGAAGAGCGAGACACCUCAUCUCCCGCCCAACCACCGUCACACACCCACACCCAUCUCCAGCAGCGCCGACAUCAUUACCGAGCUCAUCGGGAUGCGAUCCUCGUUUCGUCCCCAGGCAUCUCUAUCAAUGUCUUGGCCAUAGCACCAUCGUGUCGCCGUCCAUCCUGCUCCCAUCGUCGUCAUCUCCCAUACAUGCUCGGUCGCGUAGAGACGCGUCACACUCGGCAUCCCAGUACGCAUAGCUAACCCACCCAUCUAGGGCGUGUGCCCCAUGCUGUAACCAGCUUCGACCAUGAGUGCGCCGUGGCCCGGUCAGAGCAAUGGCGUCUACAUGAACCCCAACAUGUCGUCGCUCUAUGCGAACCCCAAUUCCUCGAACAUCGACCUCAACUCCUUUGCCCAGAAUGGCAGCAUCAAUCCCCAGCAGGCCUUUGGCGCGCCGCAACAGACCUACAACGUUAACCCCGUCGUACCCUCGAAGCGUCCGCGUCCCUCGGAAGACCAGAUGCAUCACUCGCCGCAUGCCCCGUCACAGUCACUAGACAUGUCGCGAUCGCAAACACCGAUGCAGGCUGGCGCGCCUUUCGCAUUCAAUCCUCAGCAGCAGCAGCAACAGCCCUACCAAGCUCCGCCCACUCCUUAUCAACACCUGCAGCAGAACCCCUCGGCCUCGUCUAACGCGACUCCGUCACCGACCAUGCAGCCUCUGCAGUUCCGCCCACCACAGCAGCCUCCUCAGCGCAUGUCGACAGCUUCACCUGCUACUUUCGCACAGACCAUGUCUCCUGCGCCGCCGACCGCUCCCAAUAACAUGAUGCAGCCUGGCCCUUUCACUCCUCAGCAGCAACAAUUCGGCGCAAACUUCAACCCGGCCUCUUCACAAGCCAUGAACAUGUCUCAAGCCAACACUUCCGUGCCUCAGCUGCAGCAACAGUACCAGCAGAAGCUGUACCAGCAGCGCUUGCAACAACAGCAGCAGCGACUCCAGGCCAACAGUAUGGCACAGGUGCGCGCCAAUGCUGCUCAGACUGCUGCUGGUUUCAAUCCUGCGGCUGCCGCGGCCAAUGCCAGUGUUGGAAGUGCCAAUGGCAUGGGAGCUCCUGGACAGUCGUCUGCGCAAUCAAAUCAGCAAAAGCAGGAGUCGUGGAUGCGUUCGUUGCAGCAGUUUUGUCAACAGAACAACAGACCCUUCAACCCUCAGCCCUCGGUCUGCGGGCGACCUCUACCUCUUUACAUCAUCUGGGUCAUCGUCUUGCAACACGGCGGCUCCACGCGCGUUACACAGUUCAAUGGAUGGCCCACGAUUGCCCAGAAGGUCGGCUUCAAUCUCCAACAAUAUCCUACGGCAUCACAAGAAUUGCAGCAGUUAUUCGAGCACAACCUGGGACAAUAUGAGCGCGUCUUCAUGCAGGCCAGAAUGCAACAACGUCAACAGCAAGCUUCACUUCAAGCCCGUCAGUUGGCUGGUCUAGGCGCCCCGAACGCUGGUCAAGCCUCGCCAGGCCGUCAGAACGAUCAGCUCUCCGCUCAGCAGCAGACGAUGAUGCAGAUGCAACAAAAGGCUCAGCAACAACAGCAGCAGCAAAUGCAGCAGGUUCAGCAACAAGCUCAGCAGCAACAGCAAGUACAGCAGUCGCAACAAGCACAGCAGGUCCAGCAACAUUCUACUCCUGUGCCUAUGAUGAAUACUCAGCAACAACAACAACAACAACAACAACAAUUGCAGAUUCAACAACAGCAGAUACAAGCCCAACAACAGCAGCAGCUACAACAACAGCAAGCCCAACAGCAAGCCCAACAGCAAGCCCAACAGCAAGCUCAGCAGAUGCAACAACAACAGCAGCAGCAGCAGCAGCAGCAGCAGCAACAACANCACUCUACUCCUGUGCCCAUGAUGAACCCUCAAGCCACACCAAUGCAGCGUCCAACUCCCACGCCUGUCGCCAAUGGAAUGGCUACUCCGCAAUCUGCCAUGCAGCACCCGGCUCUGAACGAGUUCCGUCGUACUUCAAGUGUUGGCAAGCUUGACUCUGUACCACUACCAGAUCAAGAGCUAGCCCGCGUUUCUGCAUCGCCGGCGAUCAAGGCUCCAUCGGAAGCAGGCGGCACUCCGAGCAUCAAGCGUGAAGCUAGCACUGCUGAACUCAAGCAUAUCACCGGUCAAGAAACAGAGUAUGAGCCGCAUCGUCGAAGCCUAGAUUACUAUGGUGGAUACGAUAUUUUGCCUCUGGCCAAGCUCGGCGGCGAGCUUGCUCGUCUAGUUCCUGAUGUCCCCAUGGUAGAUGAGAUGGGGCUGAUAGACAUCCGAGCUCUCACCUUGAGUCUACAGUCUGGCAUUCAUGCCGAGACUCGUCAUGCCUUGGAUCAUUUGACGUUGAUCUCGAUAGAACCGCGCAUCAGCCUAGAUCUUGACAAGUGCGAAGACUUGACAGACGUGCUCGUCGAUUGUGCAGAAGCUCAGCUCGACAUCCUUGCGGAUGGUGCUGCCGAAGUAUCUGACGGUCUCGACCUGCCAUGUUACGAGGACCUUGUCAAGCAAUGCCGCAUUGAGAACGAGUCGCUGCAAGACGUCCCUGCCGUUGGCACUCAAGAAUACGAGCUGGAUCGGGCUGCUGACCGCCUCAUCGCCGUCACAACACUUCUGCGCAACCUUUCCUUUCACGAAGCAAACCACCGCCUUCUGUCAUCCAAUUCUGUUGUCAAUUUUGUCUCAAACGCCCUCCGUCUAUUGGGCACUCGGAACACCUUCCUCCGCAGCUCGAGGAAUGUUGCAGACUUCUACAAGGACAUCAUUACCUUCCUCUCUAAUAUCACUGGUGUCCUGGAGUUGCCAAGUCGUGAUGACGCUCUUCACAUUCUUCAGUUCAUCCUCGCAUUUGCUCCCCAGCCGGCACCCACACUAUCAUCCGAUUCUCCGUUACAAUUCAACUCUUACGUACCUUUGGCGCAACGACAUCUUCCGCUGGCAGUUGACUGUCUUGCGAAACUCUUGGCUCGUCAAGAACCUAAUCGAUCUCUGUACCGCAGCAUCUUCACUUCGUCACAAACACUCAACUCCUCUGACUCUGUCCCGCCGGAGGAUCUACUUACCUCCGCUUUUGCUCUGAGCAUCUCAGUCUUGCCUGAGCGAUCAAAAAGAGUCUUCUCCACAUCGGUUGAACUCAAGAUGGUUGAGGCUAGAAAGCCUUUGUUGACACAGGGCAUGCUGGCAGCUGAUAUCCUAGCCUCGAUGGUUCCAACAGCUCAGUCGUCUGAUGAGUCUGACGAGAAGAAUCUCGCUCGCGCUUGGCUUGGAUCUGAUGAUCGUUGGCCUGGAGGCCUGUUGCGCAUGGCUUUCGUGCUUUCAGUCGAUCGCAGUGCGCAAGCACACAGACCACAGCCAGGACAUCCGCACAUGCCACCAAUGGAUCCAGACAUGCAAAGCUAUGGCCUCAUAACACAUCGUGGGCUUGGUAUGUUGACUCGCUUGGUUGAGAAGGCUGGGUUGCCAGCGUCGGGCAAAGCCAGAACAGCUUCCGAGGAUGGUCAGUCAAGAAACGGUGCUCGCGAUGACGAUGACGAGGAAGAUUCAGAUGAGUAUGAUGAGCUUGACAAGCCAAUGCCUAGCUGGAUAGCAAGGUGUAACCCGGCUCCUCAGCGCGAGACGAUUCUCGGCGCUCUGCUAUCGCCAGACGCAGAUAAAGUAGCCCUGAAGCUGUUGUGCAAGCUUUAUGACAUGGCUGCCGCUUGAGCAGCAACAAGCAUAAACAGAGCAGAUGGUUAUAAACAAAUGAGAAAACAGAAGUGAUUUAGCACGACAAAAAAAGGAAACGAAGCUACUACUACAAACAUCAUCGAGUUAGGCAUAUGGGAAUUAGCGGUAUAAAAACACACGUAACG